CCCGACCCGCGACCCGUGAUCAAUUACCCGACCUGGACCCGACCUGCCACGGGGCGGGUCUGGGUACCAAGAAACCCGCCCCGGACCUGCCCCAUUGCCAUUCCUAACAAUGGGAGCAUUACCUGAUCCAGCGCGAGUUUAUUCUCUACACCGAUCACCUUGCACUGAAGUUUCUCCAUAGCCAGAAGAUAAUUAAUAAAAUGCAUGCUCGUUGGGCGAGUUAUCUAUAGAAGUUCCCAUUCAUCAUUCAACAUCGAUCGGGUGUUCAAAAUAAGGUGGUGGACGCGUUGAGUAGACGAGCUUCUUUAUUGGUCACUUUGGCACAGAAAGUCGUGGGUUUUGAAUUUCUCAAAGAAUUAUAUGCUUCUGAUCCUGAAUUCAAGGAGGUAUGGUUUACAUGUACUCACCAGCAUCCACAAGACGACUUCCAUGUUAGUGACGGGUUUCUGUUUAAAGGGAAUCAGCUCUGCAUUCCCAGCUCAUCGUUACGCGAGCAACUCAUCUGGGAUUUGCAUGGCGGUGGGCUUGGUGGUCAUCUGGGUCGAGACAAGACCAUUUCCAGCUUAGAGGAGCGAUUUUUUUGGCCGCAUCUCCAUCGCAAUGUUGGCUCGAUUGUUCGGCGUUGUUAUGUGUGUCAAGUCGCUAAAGGUCAGUCUCAAAAUACUGGACUUUACCUGCCCCUGCCAGUUCCUGAUGAUAUUUGGCUGGACUUGUCAAUGGACUUCGUCCUGGGGUUACCUCGCACCCAGCGUGGCAUUGAUUCCGUCUUUGUCGUUGUCGACCGGUUUUCGAAAAUGACUCACUUUAUCGCCUGUAAAAAGACGGCUCACGCCUCCAACAUCGCGAAACUGUUUUUCAAAGAAGUUGUUCGUCUCCAUGGGGUUCCCAAAUCUAUUACAUCGGACCGUGAUACUAAGUUUCUCAGUCAUUUUUGGCUCACACUAUGGCGGAUGUUUGGCACUACGCUAAAUCAUAGUUCUACAGCUCACCCGCAGACGGAUGGGCAGACGUAGGUGACCAAUAGAACGUUGGGCAAUAUGAUCCGAAGUAUUUAUGGAGACAAGCCCAAGCAAUGGGACUUAGCCUUACCGCAAAUCGAAUUUGCAUACAAUAGUGUCGUGCAUUCGUCGACGGAAAAAUCUCCAUUCUCUCUUGUCUACACUACCCCACCGCGUCAUGUCGUUGACUUAGUAGCACUUCCCAAGCUUUCCCGGAGUGAAUCGGCUGCUGAACAUAUGGCACACGAUGUUAUGGCCGUGAAACAUGCAGUUAAAACCAAGCUAGUGGCCACCGGAGAAAAGAACAAGGCUGUCGUUGAUACUCAUCGUCGUGCCAAGGUGUUUGCGGCGGGAGAUAAGGUAAUGGUUUUCCUACGGAAAGAGAGGUUUCCUGUUGGUUCGUACUCUAAGCUACAACCUCGCAAAUAUGGUCCUUUUACCGUCCUCAAGAAGAUUAACGACAAUGCCUACGUCAUUGAUUUGCCGCCUACUAUGAAUAUCUCUAGCACGUUCAAUGUCGCCGACAUCUAUGAGUUUCAUGAGGAUGCUGUGCUUUAUCCUGAGAUGAACUCGCGGUCGAGUUCUUUACAGGUGGAGGAGACUGAUGCAGGGGAACUAGCGGCCAGGAUUAAGGAGGCUGUUCAGGUUGGGAGGGAGCUGGCAGCCGAGAGGAAAGCAACCGCCAACUAGCUGGUUUGCGUGGAGGAGAAGGCAGCAUGUUUAUUGUUUACGUUGUUUGUUUUGUUUGGGUUUUCCUAGUCAUUAUCGGUUUUAGUUUAAUAAGCAUUGUGGGAUUGGGUUGUUGGGACCAUGGCUAUUUAAGGCCUUGUCUGCGUUUGUAGAAGAUCAUUCUUUUGGCUUCAAUACAAUAAACCUAUUGGUUUGCACAUCUGGUGGAUUUCCAGAGUAGUUCUAACGAAGCUUGCAGCUGGCAAGCUUGUGUUCUUUCGGAUUCGAAGCUAUCGAAUUUUUGAGGUUUCCGACUGCGUCAGACGUGCACUUUCUUCCCUGCGGAUUCACCCAUCUCAAUUCAAUGAAAGAAUAGAGCAAGAAAAGGAAGAAAAAAGCACUAAUGACUGGCCAGCCAGCAUGUUCAACAAUUCACGCACGAAAGAAGCAAUAAAUGGGCAAUCAUUAACUUCUUAUGGCAUGAAAGCCACGGCGGUAACAACUGCCAAAAGGAACUGAGAAAGAGAUUAGAGAAUGGGAAUGGAUGAAAGGAUCAAUAUUAUGCAACUCCAUAACUGUGCAAAAUUUACAAGUUUCCCAAUUGGACCUGCGGUUGCAUUGGCGGAUGAGCCACCAUAGUAACAAAGUGAAUCUUGAAGCACGCAUACUGCUGUGAUUUACCAACCUCUAAUCCUAUACCAUGUACAAAAAGACACUAGGAUGUGUCAUUUGAAUGAUCAAACUUAAACUUGAUCAAUCCACAACAAGCCGGAUCAUGACUUGGGAUCGAAUGAGGUUACUGUUUGAACCUAACUGAGUGUAGGAGUGAAGUUCACGAGAACGGGUCGAGAAGAACGAAUGACUUGGUUAAGUAGGAACUUUAAGACAAAUGGAAGGAAGAAUAAGGUCGAGAGAGUGUUUUAGUGAGAGAAGUUCGUUCUUUCUAGAGAUAGAGUGUGAUUCUCCAAAAAUCCGAUCCCCUCACCCACCGGAGUAAAUGCCGUAUUUAUAGGCUACAUGGUGGUGGGUGAGUUACAUGACGGUACGAUGACGUGACCACUACGGCAUGGUGACAUGACCACUGACAUGUCAGGGACAUAGACCAUAUCCCUAUGGGUGACAAGACCUUUAGCCAUGACUAUACCUAGGACUAUGAUGGUGACUACCCUUUGGGUGACGCGGCGCCGCUUCUACGACUUCUCGGCGAGGGCUCACGGUUGUCCAAAGCGCCGUCGUUUGGCGUCCAUGCGCGGUCUCUGGGGCCGGUCUUUACGCUCGCGCUUGGUUCCGGCGUGACUCACGCGUUGACUUUGGCGUGAGCAUCCUUGGGUAUUUCUUCGGCGUGGUGAGAUCCGAGUCACAUCCCCAACAAUUGGCCCCCAUCAGGGGGUAUUCCGCGAAUGCCGCCUGUUUGAUCUUCAUGUGAGCGACUCGGAUCUGCGCGAUUAUGCCUGUUUCUGUGUUGUUGAUUAUGAUUGGCGCGAUCUGGGUAAGUUAGUGCUUGUUUUGGUCUCCGCGUGAUCUUUGGUGGCGCGCACAGCUGGUGCAUCCUUUGCACAAUUCUCGUCCGCUCGAGAUCUCCGGGGUUGGUUGUGCGCGCCGUUUUUACAUUGCCCCCCAUUAGUGAUAUUCCGCGAGUGGCCGAGAUCUCUUGGGUUGGUUGUGCGUGACGCUUUCUUAGUUGGGAUUGGUUUUGAGCUUCGGUGGCGCGCACAGCUAGUGCAUCCUUUGCACGAUUCUCGUCCGUUCGAGAUCUCCGGGGUUGGUUGUGCGCGCCGUUUUUACAUUGCCCCCCAUUAGUGAUAUUCCGCGAGUGGCCGAGAUCUCCUGGGUUGGUUGUGCGUGACGCUUUCUUAGUUGGGAUUGGUUUUGAGCGUGUUUUUUCUCCUUCGUGGACGUAUCCUGCCCCCCAGGCGCUGUGCGGAACCUAUGACGUCA